CUCUAGCUAAGCUAGUUUUAUUAUUGUUUACAUUGUUCGACUGACCAACGCUUACCGUAAACGAAUGCUUUUUUGGAUUUUUGCCCCAAAAAUUUACAGGAUAAUUUCUCAAAAACCUCCAAACCUGGAUUGAUGGAUUCUACGGACAUCAAAAUGGAGGAGGAGGAUCAGGUUGACCUCUUACAGUGCCGACUGUGUCUUACAGACGAGGCCGAAGAACUGAUAUCCCUGUACAGCCAAUGCCUCUCACAGGACAAACUAGUGGUGGAAGUGCUCACCGCGGUAAUGCGGUUGGAUAGCUUUAAGGAUAACGAUGAUAAUAUGCCCCAGCACAUAUGCGGCCACUGUCUGUCCUGUCUGGAUGCAGUGUACUCCUUUGUGGAGCUUGCCCGGAGGAAUGGUCCUUUGGAAGACGGUGGAGAAUGUUGCCGAAUUUGCCGGCGAGACGAAGUGGAGGAACUGAUUUCGAUACUGUGCGUUUCCAGCAAGGAUGGAAAGCUGAUUGCCGAUAUGCUGCAGGAUGUAUGUGGUUUGCCACGUCCGGAACAGGACGAUGAUGGCCACGCUCGGUAUGUUUGCCGGGAAUGCUUCAAUACGCUUUCGGCUGCGUAUUCGUUUCGAGCAAUGGGUUUGGAGUCGAACUCUACUUUGAGUAAAAGUUUCACGAGUGAACUGGUCCACGGCAGCGAUUCCAUGGAGACUAGUUUAAAGAUAGAACAGGACGAAAUGGAAGGAACGGGGGUAGAACAAACGUUAAAUCAGGUAGCUAACGAAAAUGAGGACCCUUUUAUAUAUUUGGAUUCCGUAGCAGUGGAUGUGGAACGACUAAAGCCCUUAUUGUUCACCAAAGAAAAUGCCGAAUAUUAUGAUCAGCUAAUAUUCAAUGGAAUCAUUUGUUGCUGCAGACAACUGUUUCAGAAUAAUGACGAAUGGCAGCAGCACUGUAGAAGAGAACAUUCAAUCGAAACGAUACUUCCGUCUGUUGGAAAUGACUGCACAAUUUGUCAUAGGAGUUUUAGUACAGCUUCGCAGCUAGCGGAACAUCUCAAGAAACGUGAAAAUGAUUUUUUCUAUCGAUGCAAAAUUUGUAACAUCAUGACACAGGAACGGGAUACUUUAGUAAAUCAUUUUGAACACACUAGAUUUCAUCCAAUACUACACGAAUCUGCGAUCGCCCAACUAGACUUUGAGAAAAAAGCAGAAACAGACUACGAAUCAUCUGGUGACUGCUGUGGCUGUUCAGAACAGUUCGAAACUGGCGAAGCUCUUCUUCAGCACGUCCAAGAAGCCCACUAUCCAGAAAUGGAAGACCAUCCCACGUUUCAAUGCUUGAUAUGCUACCAAAGCUUCCCGAACAAGCAAUCCCUGAAGGAACACCAGCUCGUCUACGCCACCACAAAGACAUACCGAUGUCGAACGACUAACUGCGAGUUCAAAUGCGUUGGAUCGAUUUCGGACAUCAAGGAACACGUCGAAUCCGGCGAACACCUAAUCAAGUCAACGGAAUUCUUCUGCUGCUUUUACGGAUGUUACGAAACAUUCGAAACCAGCCAUGCUUUGGAACAACAUUGCCUGAACGACCACACGGAACAGCGUAUAACCAAUGGUCGGUUUUCGGCGGAGGCCACCAGCAACGUUUGCUGGCUUUGUAAUCGCCAUAUCGCAACGAAGCAUGCUUUUAAGGAACACAUUCGGGCCCAAUCCGAUCGGAAGCAUAUUUGCUCCACAUGCGGAAAGAAAUUUGUCUCCCAAAAAGCCGUUGUCAAGCACGAGAGGGUAGUCCAUUCAACUGUCGACCCUAGUGCCUUUCCUUGCGAUCGCUGUCCUGCGACCUUCUCUAAGAAACAUAUUCUAGAACAGCACAUAAAAACCAUACACAAUAAAAUCCGCUCCGAGUUGUGCACCACUUGCGGGAAAGGAUUCGCCACUAAGCGUGGCCUUAAAGGACAUAUCAUGAACAGGCACAUGGAGGAAAGACCCUACAAAUGUACCGAGUGCACGAUGACAUUCGGAAACAAGUUCCUUCUUCAGAAGCACCUCCCCACCCAUUCGAAUGAACGGCCCCACAAGUGUUCAUACUGCGGAAUCACCUAUCGUCACCUGAGUGACGUUAAACGGCACAUAAAUGCGGUUCAUUUGGACAACAAGCCCUAUGCGUGCGAAUCGUGCGAUGCCAGGUUCGUUCGUCUGAGGGAUUUGCAGGUCCAUGCCAUUCGGCACACGAAAACUAAACGGUUCCGAUGCAAUGUAGUUGAUUGUGACUUUGCAACUAACGUUCGGAAGCAAAUGGACAAGCAUUCGAACGAGAACCACAAUGAUGGGGACGAAAAGUGAAACGCUCGGUGUUCAAAUUUAUAACUUAUUCAACAUAAAAACUCUAAAUUUUGAAAAUAACGAAAAAUAUAAAGAUAAGUGUAUUUAAGUUCAA